CGGUCAAUAUGAAUGAUAAAAAUUUGCCAAUUAAUCCUUGAAAAUAAUCAUAUAAAUAUAGCGACCUUAGUACAAUAAUUUUAUCUAAUUAGCAUAUUCAAAUUAAUAUACUAAUCAGCAUAAUGUUUGGAAAGUCUAUUGCUAUUCUAUUUGCGGUGAUGCUAGUCAUCAGUAUUGUUGCCGUCGACAACGUGGCAGCCGGUGGUGGUGGUGGCCAGGGAUCAGGUGGUAGUUCCGGUGGUGCCAGUUCAUCCGGCGGCAAACAUGGCGGCUCCCGGGGCGGUGCAUCUGCUGGUGGUUCCGGUGGGCACAAGAGUGGAUCGGGAGGCCAAUAAAUGCAAAUGACCUGUUUGAAACUGAUUUUGAUUUUGUUUUAAAUAUGUUGUUGUUAAGUUUUAUCUUUAUAAAUUCAAUUUGAACUUCCAUUGUCAAAAUUAUACCCUUUUUAAAUAGUCUGGCUUAUUAAAAAUAAUAAAUACUCUUUAAAAUAGUA